AAUGGCGAACACGAGCACUCCGAUGAACGACGAGCUGAAAAAAUAAUUAUUAUUUUAAAUUCCGUUUUGCCAGCGAAAUUCGGUGCGUGCGCGUAAAAGAGUGCGGAAAAGCGCGGUUGGCAAAUUCAAUUCGGCGCAUUAUGAAGCGGUCAAAGUGCGGCGCCAAUGCAAAUGGUUAGCCAAAUGGCAAAAAUAUGUAGCGACAGCGUGCCAGGCCAGUAAAAUCAAAUAGAAUCAAAUUGAAGUUUCUUGCUUUGCGAAUUAUGAAAAACCAAUCGCAAUGCGUGUGUGUGUGUGUACGUGUGCGUGCGUGCGCGCGUGUGUUAGUGAGCGAGCGUAGAAGCAGAAGGCGUAGCGAGAAAUAAAAAUAAAAACCGAACAAUAAUUGAUUUCAAAAAGAAAAAAGAAACGGGAAAAGGCGAACAAACGAAAAAGAUCAGAAGCAACAAAAAACACACGAGAAGCAGCUGCAAAAACAACACAAAACUGGCGGUCAAUACGCAUGCAGUGCAAUACAAAAAGAAAAAAACACAAAAAGCAAAAAUAAACUAGUAGCAACAACAAAUACGCAACGUAACGGGAACUCUUUGACGUAUUUCCUCUAUUAUUAUGCAAAAAGGCAGGCGGCAAAUUGCAGCAGCAGCGAAAAUCAAAUAUAAAUAGCGAAAAGGAUACCGGAUACACACACAACUACACACAUUUAGCCAGCGUGUUGAGCACGUCAGAAGCAUAAACAAAAGUUGGCAACUGGAAUUCAGUCGCCGAGCGUGUGAAAAGGCGUACUAAAACCUCAUCAAAAUGGCAGCGGUUCGAGGACAUCAGUACUUCAGUCUGCGCUGGAAUAACUACCAGAACACGAUGACGUCAGUGUUCCAGCAGCUGCGCGAGGAUCUCUCCUUUGUGGACGUCACCCUGUCCUGCGAGCACGGAUCCCUCAAGGCGCACAAGGUCGUCCUGUCCGCCUGUUCGACGUAUUUCCAAAAACUACUGCUCGAGAACCCGUGCAAACAUCCCACUAUCAUCCUGCCCGCCGACAUUAUCUUCACCGACCUGAAGACCAUCAUCGAUUUUGUUUAUCGUGGCGAAAUCGACGUCACCGAAUCGGAACUACAGGGCCUCUUGCGCACCGCCGAGCAGCUAAAGAUCAAGGGACUCUGCGAAACCGCCGAGAACGCGGAUGACCUGAACGACGCGGCCACUGCAACGAUCACGGUUUCAGAGAACAUACAGCAGGCGGUCGUUGGCAAUAUAGUGAACGCCACCAUAGUACCCGGUGCCCCGUCGCCCUCCCUGGAACAGCAGCAGCAGCAGCAACACCACCACCAGCAACAGCAGGCACAGGAGCAGCAUCAGCAACAGCAGGUGCAUGCCCAGCAGCAGCAGCAGCAGCAGCAACAAAUCAACGCUGCCCUGCUUACGCAACACGGAGGAGUGUCCAGCGGAAGUGUUACCCUAUCCGGGCAAUUGCUGAGCUCCUCGGCCAGCGGCAGCAGCGGAAGUUUAGCCGGCGGACAGCAGGCUCCACAGACGCCAUCCGGUUUGCAGCCAACGCCGCGCAAGUCACGACUAAAGCGCUCCAAAUCGCCAGAUUUGCCAUCGGGCGGAGGAGCAGGAAGCUCGGUUGGAGGCUCGAGUAGCGGCUCAUCGCAGCAGCAACCGCAACCGGCGCACCACCAUCACCCGCAGACCAUUCUCAUUCAGGGCCAAAAUCCAAACUCCAUUGUGAGCCUUCAGCAAACCGCCGACGGCAAUUAUAUACCAGUAUCGGGUGCUGGCGACGAUUCAGACGCCGAGGACCACGACCACGACCACGAGCACGAGCACAAUCACGGACACGGGCACGGAGGACAUUCGCACGGACACGGUCACAGCCACGAUCACAGUCACGAUCACGAUCACGAGCACGAUAAUAAGCCGAAUAAGAUCUGCAAAACCGAGCAUUCGGUGGCCUCGCCGGCGUCCAAUUCAUCCAGCGGCUCGAACAAUGCAGCGGGCGUGAGCGGCGUGACAUCCACCGGCCAAGCCAUCGUCACACAAAUUGUAGUAGCGCGCGACGGAAAAGAUACAAAAAAUAUGACUAGUUUAGGCAUGGGCAUGAACGGCGGCCUGUUGGGCGUGCCCAUGGGAUUCCUGGACUUCACACCCGAGCCACCAGCACCAUCUGCCACCCCAGUCACCGUCACGGAGCACGUCGAUCUGUCCUGCAACCCCAGCACGGACACACGCGAUCUAUCAAAUCCCACCGAACCACUCGACAUAGACAAUCAUCUGGCUCAGCAGAUCCAUCGGCUCGAUCAGUCCCCCAUGCACUCGAUAUCGCACCACCAUACAGGCGAUGAGAGCAACUCAAAUCUGGUGCAGCAUAUCAAGAGCGAAGUGAUCGAGGCCAAGCACCUGGCCGCUGCCCAGCAGCAUGCACUUAACCAGGCCCAGCAGCAGCAUGCCCAUCACCAGGCCCACCAGCAGCACCAGCAGCAUCAGCAACAGCAGCAGCAGCAGCAGCAUCAACAGCAGCAGCAGCAGCAUCUUCAUGCCCAGCAGCUCUUGGCCCAGAGUCAGUUGCAGCAGCAGCAGCAACAGCAGCAGCAGCAACACCACCAGCAGCAGCAACAGGCAGCAGCCGCCGCAGCAGCUGGUGUGCAUGGCCAGCAUGGGGGACAUGUGACGCACGCCGACAUUGGCGGUGCCACAGUCAUGGAGAUUGAUCCAAGCCAGAUUAAACACGAGCCGGGCAUGAUAAUAACGCCAGAGAUUGUCAACAUGAUGUCCUCCGGGCAUAUGGACAUGUAUAACUCGGAUACGAGUGAGGAUUCGAUGAUGAUCGCCAACGGCUCGCCGCACGAUCAGAAGGAACCGCACUAUACGAAUUUGGAUCAGCAGCACGGUCUGGGUGGCAGCGUUUGCGGCCCGGGGCCCGGCGGUGCUGGUGGCGGUGGGGGCAUGAGUGGUGGGGCUGGCUCUGGCUCUGGCGAGAAAGGUCAGUUUAAUGGUCCCAAAGCUUGGACACAAGAUGAUAUGAAUUCAGCUUUAGAUGCAUUAAAGAACCAAAACAUGAGCCUGACGAAAGCAUCCGCCAUUUAUGGCAUCCCAUCGACCACCCUGUGGCAACGUGCUCAUCGCCUGGGCAUCGAAACGCCCAAGAAGGAGGGCGGCACCAAGUCGUGGAACGAGGAUGCCCUACAGAAUGCCUUGGAGGCACUCCGUUCUGGCCAAAUAUCCGCGAACAAAGCGUCAAAGGCCUUCGGCAUCCCAUCCUCGACGCUCUACAAGAUUGCUCGGCGCGAAGGCAUCCGCCUAGCGGCGCCCUUCAAUGCCGCCCCGACCACGUGGACGCCCGAGGAUCUGGAGCGCGCCUUGGAGGCGAUACGGGCGGGUAAUACUUCGGUGCAGAAAGCCAGCGCUGAGUUUGGCAUACCCACAGGAACACUUUACGGACGCUGCAAACGGGAGGGCAUUGAGCUGUCGCGUUCGAAUCCAACACCCUGGUCCGAGGAUGCCAUGAACGAGGCCCUGAACUCAGUGCGCGUUGGCCAAAUGUCCAUCAACCAGGCGGCCAUUCACUAUAACCUGCCCUACAGCUCGCUCUAUGGCCGCUUCAAGCGCGGCAAAUACGAUGUGGUGGCCAACACGAGUGGCGUGGCGCUCUUGAACACCUCGGGCAACACCACCGGCAGCAUUGAGAUUAUCGAGCACAGUCAGGAGAAUUCGUUGCAUAUGUUACAGCAACAGUUCCCGUACAGUCCGUCGCCGCAUCCGCCAACGCCGCAGCAUCACAGCACGCCGCAGCACCACAGCUCGGCGCAGCAGGGACCGCCGACGCCGCAGCACAUGCAGCAGCACGUGGUGCACAUGCAACAGCAGCAGCAGCAGCAGCAGCAGCAACAGCAAUCGCCCCAUCCGGGCCACCAUCCGCAGCAUAUGCAGCAAGACGUGGUUACAUCGAGCAGCCAGGUGGUGCACAGCCAACAGCAGCAGCAGCUUCAGCAGAUCUAUCAGCACCACGGGACGCCGGAGCGUAGUUGAGAAUCACUGCAUGCUGCGACAAUAAUGGGCAGCACCGGCGGUGGCGGAGGUGGUGGGGUUGGUGGAGUGGGUGGAGUGGGUGGAGUAGCAGCCAGUACUAGCGGCGGCACGGCGGCCAAUAGCACGCCCUUUGCCAGCAUCUCGGCGCUGGUCAGCGGACCGUCCAGUGCCCCACCACCGCCGGUAACUGCCAGUGGCUCGUCGGCAGUCAGUGGCGGCACCAGCAAGCGCAAGAAAGCCAACAAGCAAAAGCGUUGAGAGCAGGAGGAUGAUCGGCCACAAAAGGAGUUGGAAACAAUUGCGGCAGUGGCCAGGCCCGAGGACAUCAAGUUUAGAUUUAAUUGCAAGCACUGGAAACGCAAGCUGCGGCAGUUUCAUUUGCUAUUGUCCAAACAGUAGUCAGUCAGUCAGUUAGGAAGGAUAUACAUAUAUGAAUGACCCACAGACAAAAAAAAAAAAAAAAAACUAAAUUCCCAAGGGUAGGAUAAAGCAAUCACAAAACCACUUUUCAACUAGAUGGACAUUAAUUACACAAACGAGAUGUGUAUAAAAUGUAAAUAUAUAACGAAAUAUGCUUUAUUUACAUUAUACGGAACAUAGUUAUAUAGGUAUUAGGUUCGCAAAAGUCCUUUGUUUUAGUUAAGUGAGGUGGAGAAAAGAGAAAGAUAAAAAAACAUACGUAGUUAUUAAGAGAAUGAUGAAUUUUAGAUUUGCCUAGACUCGAAAGUUAAUGGAUUCGUUUUGGGCUCGCAGUUUUAAGAGCACUUUGUUAUCAAUGGAUAUAGGACACGCGUAUUUAUUUUGGACUCGUGACCAUUCUGAGGACCUCAAAUCAGUAGUUGAUUGUGGAAUUUCGAUCUAGAUUGCUUCCCCAUCAAUGUUUUGUUAUAAUUUUCGCUUAGUGUGAGACUGAAAGUGCGCCUAAAACUGUAGAAACCCAAGCCCAAUAUUUAAGUGAAGACGCAUACAACACAACCCAUACAUGAAUCAAAUGCUUUAUAACCAUAUUGUUUGAACGGAUAGAACGAAGGGGGGAGAAUACCUUAACGUAGAAUUAAACCAAAUUAUCAAGGUUCUAGAACUUAAAUCAUUAGCUUGUAACGACAACAGAACAGAUAAGUGAGAGGAACACGAGUUAUUUGAAUUUAACUGGAGGCGCCCUGAAUCAAUGAAUAUUGAUUUGAUUUCAACUGAAUUAAGAAUAUAGCCAAUAAAUAAAUGUAGAAAUGAAGUAAUUGCAAGGAAACAACACAUGGAAUGUAUUUUUGAUAGAACCGGAAACAGAAGCAGCUGAAAUAAGCGAAUCAAAACGCAAAUGUUGUUAAUGCUAAGCUCUAAAUAAUGUCCUUUGAAGUCGCAUUCAAACAAAGAUUUAAAACAAGCUUGUAAGAAAAAUAAA